AUGGAACAUCACGAUAACAAAGAUGAGGUUGGCAAUGAUGUGCCACCAGCACCGCAAUUUCCUACAAUCGAUUGGAACAUUCAAGUCUCGGACAAGCAUGGCAACCCUGUUAAUGUGCUCUUAGAACCACCCAACCCUCCUCCUUUUCACUUUGAUGCUAGUUGGGAACAAGGGAACAAUGGAAAGAACUUGCUGAAGAGUGGUGUGCUUAUCACAUUGUUUAUUACAAGUUUCAUUUUGAACGAGACCGUCAGCGUCAACUUGCACUUGGCCAACACAGAGGGGACGGAUCAACAUCAAACCAGCCACAUGAACCAUCUUAUAAUCCUGGAGAAGAUUCACCAUCACAGGUUACCUGUAAAAGACAAGCCGCAAGUCAAGAUGGUGCAGAUGUUCCAACUACUAAUCCAUGAUAUGUGUUAUCUAGUACUGGUUUUAGUUUGGAGGAUGUUUAUUUAG